UCUUUCAUUCUGAAAUUUAAAGCUCUCAAUCAUUGCAAAUACAUACCUAGACCUCAAAAACUUCUUGUCCUACAAAGUUCAAAAUGACUGUCAUUCAGACUAUUCUCUACCCAAAGGGUACUCAAGCUUUUGACAUGGAUUACUUUGAUGUUUAGACUCAAGCAACUACUAAUCACCCAACUUUCUAGUUAUCUCAAGAAACAUAUGCAAAUGGUUCAGGAUUCGUGGCAAAACUCGUCUACUGGGUUGCAGAAGUGGCAGGUCGCGGAGCUUGAUCCUUCAUCUGGAUACGUCGCUAAGGCUGUUUUGACCUGGGAUAGUAAGAGCAAGCUUGAUGCGGCGUUUGCUAGUGAGGAUGGAAAGAAAAUCCUAGGCGAUAUUCCAAACUAUUGCAACGUCAACCCUGAAAUUCACGCUGGAGAGGUCGUUGGUGGACAUUAGACAUGUCAUACUCGGGCUGAAUGGAACGGUUCUUAUGUAACAAUUCUACACCUGUGAUUCCUUUAAAAUCCUCGUCAAGUGCAUACUUCUUG